AUGUCGGAAGAAAGUGUUGAAAAGAAAGAAAGACUCUCGCCUAGGGUCACCACAAGCGAGGUCGGUGAUACCGAAUCCGUGAGAAUCGAUCACUGGUAUGAUGGUUUUGUGCGACUCUUCGUCUGGUAUCCAUCAUAUCUUGAGAAAAAGGAGAAGAAGUUACUUUUGAAGAUUGACUUCAUUAUCUUGACAUACGUUUGUGCUUCAUACUUUACUAAGGCUCUCGACAAAUCCAACAUCACCAAUGCCUAUGUUACUGGUAUGAAGGAGGAUCUCAACUUUGGAGGUAAUGACUUGGCCUACGCCAAGUCACUUUAUUCAGCAGGCUAUAUCGUUAGCAUGUGUUGUGGUGUCAUGUUUGUCACCCGGUCAUGGGCCAGAUUCAUGCUUCCGAUCUUGGAGACCAUUUGGGGGGUGUUAACGUUUUGCCAGGCUGCUGUUAAUACGCCUUCUCAGAUGUUUGCUAUUAGAUUCCUUAUUGGUCUUGCCGAAGGUCCUAUAUUCCCCAGUAUUGUCUAUACUUUAGGAAGUUGGUAUAAACGUGAUGAGGUCUAUCGAAGGGUGAUGGUUUUCUCGAUUUCGUCAUCCCUUGGUGGAAUGUUUUCGGGUUUCUUACAGUCUGCUGCUUAUAGCAACCUCAGUGGUAAGGGCGGCCAUUCGGGAUGGCAAUGGGGUUUCAUCAUUGAUGGAAUCUUCACUGUUCCAAUUGCGUUAUUUGGCUUUGUUUUGUUCCCAGGUACUCUGGAGCAAGCUGGAAAUGUCUUUUGGUUACGCUCUUCAGAAUGGGAGCUUGCCAAGGUUCGGAUGCGUCAAUCUGGCGUCAAAGAGCCAACAAAGCUAUCGUUUGCACUUGUGAAACGUGUCUUCUUGAGAUGGCACGUUCAUUAUUUUGCUGCCUUUUGGGUAUUAUUAAACAUCGUUGCUUUGCCGGAUGGCACUGGAUUCCCAUUGUGGCUUAAGGCUAACUCUCCAUCACGUUAUACCGAGACAGACGUGAAUAAUUUUCCGUCUAUUCAGUCCGCAGUUGGCGUUGUUGCGCAGUUCUUUCUUGCCGGUUUGUCGGAUUCAUUUUCUAUAUACCCAUUCUUGAGUGUCACACAGAUUCUUUUCAUAAUAUCCUACUCAAGCUUGGCGGCAUGGAAUAUCCCUAUCGGUUACAAAUGGUUCUGUUUUAUGAUUAUUGGAUUCGACUCUGUGAACCAGAGUAUUGUUUCAGGCCAGAUCAACCGUGCAUGUAGACGAGAUGCAGAAGAGCGCGCGUUUGUCUUAGGCUAUUCUGAUGCUGUGUCCCAAGCAAUGAACAUCUGGACCAAUAUUGUAUUCUUUCCUACUGAGAAAGCACCAGAAUUCCAUUUAGGAUACAUUAUUUCUACAGUUGCAGCUGCUGUCAUGUUGUUUAUGCCUAUUAUUAGUUAUUACGGUGAACGAUGGGAUGUGAAUAAGUAUGAAAAUAAGGUGGAAUCAGUCAUCAGUCAGGAGGAAGAAAGUUCAGAGAUUGAGGUGCCAGAUGUGGUAUCCGGUAAUGGUACCAAGUCAAUCGACACAUAA